UCGGUUUUCGUUUACUUUCGAAUUUAUCGGCCUCGAGCGGUUAGGGUAAUGACGAACUAUAGUCGACAUUUGGAGGAAAUAGCCAAAGAGGCGGAAGCCCAAACAUUGGCUACCGUUCAAGUUUUGUUGCUAGAAGAACAAUCCAAUAAAGCAGCGCAAUUACUCGAAUAUUGGGAAGAGUAUUUAUCGAUAUCUGAAUCCACCACUGAAACCCUAGAAGAAGAAGUCAAACUAUUUUUGAGGCGUUUGACGAAACUCGAAGGAUUACUCAAAGAGCUUUACAUGAAAUGCAGCAGCAAUAAUGAAGCCAACAAGAUUUUACAGCUCAUGGAGAAAUGCUCGAAGCUUUUCGAAGCAGUUAACAGCGACAAAUCUCUAAGUGCAGGUGGAAGAUUUGAGUGGGUUAACUCGAUUUUGGUAAAGUGUUUACAGGAAGGGUCCUGGCUUCUCGUCGAUAACGUAAAUCUGUGCAGCGCUGCAGUUUUGGACCGACUCAACGCCCUGCUGGAACCGAACGGCGUACUUACUAUAUCCGAAAAAGGUGUAGACGAAAAUGGGAAAAUGUUCGAGGUCAAACCUCAUAAAGAUUUUCGAAUUUUCUUGACGAUGGAUCCGAAAAACGGAGAAAUAUCGAGAGCGAUGCGCAACAGAGGAGUGGAAAUUUACAUGCCGAACGAAACUGAAACUCAAUAUUCAAAUCAAUUUGACAUCAAAAGCCUUAUAGAGUUUGAAGGUCUUUCAAACAAUAAACACAUUAACGCUUUACUCAAAAUCCACGAAUUUAUUUCAAGCGUAAUAUUAAGUGACAAGCCUGGAAAUAUGGACCUUAUACAAUGCUCAUCGUUAAUUGCCCAACAAAUAAGACACGGCAUUAAUAUAUCUGAGGCUUUUUACAAUACUUGCAUUGAAGUUUAUUAUAAAACUAGAAACUCGUCAGAGUUUAAUUGCAAUAAUAUUUUGGAAGUUAUCCAAGAAGAAAUUAAUAGAAGUCUCUUGGAGUCUGAUUGUGGAAGUUUUUUUAAUGCCAAUGUGACGAUGUGUACUAAGGAUUUAGUUAGGUGGUCGAAUUUUGAGAAAAUCAAACAUCAGUCAGCCUUAUAUGAUGUAGCUGUCAAGCAGUUUAACGAAAAUGCUAAAAAUCAAACUACUACAGCAAAUAUACCUCCUGUUUUAGUUAAAUACGUAAAAGCAAAAGACCUAACUAUAUGGUCUGACUUAGAAAGUGUCAAACAACAAAACGACUUUUUUGACAAUAUUAACUUUUAUACUAUAGCCAACUUAUUAUCGAUCAACUACAGCUUGAGCACUAAUGACGAUAUCAACUAUAGAACUGCCUAUUUGAAAAGCAUUAUCGCCAUUCCAUGGCAAAACAUCCUAGAGAGAUUCCAUAAAACAAUUAAAUUUUUUGACAAUAAAAAUCCUCAUUUGCCGUAUGACGGAAAUUGGAUCAAUGACGAUUUGAAGAAUACAUCUGUAAGUCUGGCUUUGCAAGUGGAGAUUUACAAAUUGAAAGAUCUAUUUGAGCUCAAAUAUUCCUCACGAAAAUCCUUACAUCAAUAUUUGUUGGCCAUCAAAAAGAAAGAAGUGUCUGAUAUAUUCAACAGUCCGAUAUGUUCUAGUUUCAUUAAUCUCCGUUCGGAACAUUUUAUUUUUAUGAAGCAAUUGGCUGUGUCUUUUGCACAAUUGAGUAAUUUUGAAAGUGCAAAUGUUUUCGUCAAAACUUUAGAGCUGCUGAGUUGGCGUCAAGCUCUGCACAGCUUUCUGACUAGCGUACGAGUGCCCGAUGGUGGACUGAAAUCACCCAAGUCGCUCGAGAGUAAGCUGGAUACUUUGGCUUUGUACUACAAGUGGUUUUAUAAGUAUUCGGUGGAAGAGGUUGCCAAGCUUUUCAAUGCAAAGGUUCCUGAAAAAUUGAACUCCAUCGUCACUCACAUCAACAAAAAAAGUAAAGAACAAUUUUCGAAAAAUUACAAAACCGCCAAAAACUACAAAAAACUCAACAACGUACCGGAAUUUUUCACUUCAGAAGAUCAACUGACAGCAUUAGAUCUACUGGAAUCCUACAACCUGUACGACUACGAAUCUAGAAACAAAUCAGCAAAAACCAUAGCCUAUUUCAAAAAAACUGGAGAUUACAGAAGCUUUUUAGUUGAACUAAAAGACGCAUUAUAUUCUGAAUUAGAGCUAAAUAAUGUGGAAAAAAUUCUAAAACCAUUUGUAGAAAAUUGCAUCUUAAAAGUACAAGAACAAGAAAUCCUGCCAUUAGUGGACAUUUUAACGCAAACGCUUUUACUCCAAGUAAUUAGAGCCAUUGAAUCGGGCGAUAAUUUCGAAUUGGAUUCACUGAAUAACAACGUGCUCGUUCCGAUCGAGUUGAACGGAAUUUUAUCGAGAUAUAAAAGAACUGGCGAUCCGAAGCUGCUGCACGAAAUUAAAAGACAUUUUUAUCGGACCGCAGCGAAUUCGCCCAGUGUCAAACCAAUUGAAUUGUCCGAUGAUGUGGAUAUGAUUACUGUGUCCGUUGCCGGUGCUGGACCGGUGAUUUUACGCACCGUUACUAAAUUGCUGGUGCAUUUGGAUGGAGAAAGUGUGUCUUUGAGGAGUUUCAGAGCGGUGCAAAACCAGCGCAAGUUUAUGUCUAGGCUUUUGUGGAGUAAUAUGCACGCAAUGGCCAGUGAGAAAUUCGACUUUUUGACUACCCAGAGCCAAAUUCUAAAUGAAAACGUUAAAUCAUUUAUGAUCCGUCUUCAAAAAUCACUACAGCUAGACGUAGUAGAUAUUGCAGAUUUUUCAUCUAACCUUAUAGAGGACCCUAAUUUAAACAAAAUCGUAUCUCGCAUUCAAUCCAGGCACUUGGACAUAAUGAACAACUUCUCGAAACUGAAAUCAGACGAACAUUUGAUGUCCCAUGUAGCUGAUCUUCACAUGAAUCUUGCUUUCGCCGAACUAUACAUUAACUCUUUUCUGCCCCAAAUUGAUCCGCUAGCUAAGAAAGCUAUGAAGAAAAAUCACAUUGCUUCAGUGAUAAGCAUGUUUGAGCAAAUGAAGCAAAGCUUUGAUAUGCAAAAUAGUUUGUUUAGUAAUGAGGAAAAGUGUAGGCAUCCUUAUUAUGUGGCGAUUGUGGGAAUUAUUAAAGAUUUACAAGAGAGGAUAAAGAAGUAUGGCGAAAGUGCUAAUAUUGGAGUCAAUUCGUAUGCAUACAGUUAUGUAUUACAGCAACUUAAACAUGCCUCAAACAGCGUCCUCAAAACCACAAUCCUAGACGACAUCGAAAACUGCACAGCUGUAUUAAUCUCUAAAUCAUGCCCUCAAAACAUCCCUGAAACCGAAAUGCAAUAUUCUCUUAAUAAACUGCAAACAAAUUUCUUGAGUUUCGAAAGAAUAAGUCAAGAUUGGAAACAGUAUUGCGGCUCUUAUCCUGACAUUGUGGAACCAUUACUGUCAAACAUUUCGCAAUUUUUGUAUGGUUUCAAACUGAAACUAUUCUGGAUCAAGAGGGAAUAUUCAAAACAAUGCGGCGGAAACUUGGAGAAUGAAUUAUUAAGACUAGCUGCAUUACCCUCAUUAGACGCAAACUUUACUAGUCUAGACAAGGUUGCUGAUUAUUUAUCUUGCGAACAAUUUCCAAAUCUUAAAGAACAGGAAAACGUUAGGCUGCAAAAAUGCGCUAUACAAGAAUGUUUCAAUCAAUGCGUGGUUAACGGAAAGAAUUCGCGUUUACUGGAUGCUGGUUUGUUUCAAAAGUUUAACUCUUUGGUUGAGGCGUUUGUGGCUGUAUGGAAUACCCAACAGGAGAAUAAGGAGAAGGAAAAAACUGAAGCUGAAAGCUUGUAUAAAACAAGAACGAAAUGCGAUGACAAAACCGAAGAACAACUAAUCGAUGACGAACUGAAAGAACUAUUCCCCAACCAUCACGUACUCGAUUUUUCUGACCUCCAAGAAAAAUCCCUAUCGGAUGCAACGCCCGACGAGCCGACUUCAAAUAAGCCAAUCACGGAACUGAUUACCGACGAAGAUGUGACGUUCGUCGUCGACCUGCAUUCGAAACUUUUCAAAAACUUCAUUAGGACCGAAUGGCUUGCGCCCGCACCGAGCAAAAACGUUCAAGCAGAUUUUGUUGGUCCCCUAAUGGAAAACUAUAAAAUUGUUAGAAGGAUAAUGGACGCUAACGGGCAAUACUUUCAAUAUACGUUCGAUACAAAACUUUGCGGAAGUUUGGCGGUGUUGCUGGAAGUUUCCAGGCGAUACGGGACUGUGAGCGAAUUCGGUCACGAUUCCCCAUUGAAAAUAGCCAACAAAGAUUUCUAUAAGGACUCGGACGUAGACGAAGUAAAAACCUGCUACCACGUUUUAGACAAACUAAAACUUAAAGUGAACGAACUCCUUUUAGAAUGGCCCGACCAACCUACAUUAAACACAAUUAUAACAGUAAUCGACAGAAUUUUUACAUUCGACAUCAAAAGCCCUAUAGCCAGAUACCUAACUGGAUUCGACAUUUUACUGGCCAAAUGUCACGAAUGGGAACAAGUAGCUCACAGUGGUGUAAGUUUGCUAAACGACACACCGGAAGUUAUUGCUCAAAUUAUCACUUGGAGGAAAUUGGAACUUGGCAGAUGGAAGGAUUUACUUAAUAGUACUUUUAACGAAAUGACCAAGCCAUUAUCAAAAUGGUGGAUGUAUAUGUACAAUCUCUCCAACCAAUACUUAAAAGACACACAAAUAACAGAAUCGGAAUUAGUCGACACACUCCAAAAACUAAUAACCAAAUCCAACUUGGUGGAAUUCCAUGGACGUUUAGAUAUUGUACUAGAAUUUCAUUGUUAUGCCAUAACGCAACCUAAAACCCAUCGAUCGGAGGCUUUCGUUAAUAUUUUAUGGAAUAUUUACAAUUAUUUCAACCAAUUUUCAGUCAUUAUAAGCAACAAACUCAGAGAUUUGCGAGCACCAAUAGAGAAAAAACUUAAAGAUUAUGUUAAAAUUGUCAAGUGGAAGGACGUUAACUAUUGGUCUGUUAAGGAUACAGUGGACAAAUCUUAUAAGGCUUUGCAUAAGUUUGUUAGAGAAUAUAAGGAUGUUCUUCUUCAACCAGUUGCACCAUUCCUGACCAACCCCGUUUCAGACACAGCAAUGGAAAGUGUUGGCAUUUGGGAUCGGCCACAAAGACAAAAUCCUAAGGCUUAUCAUUAUACACUGGAUGCCGAUUCCUACUUAGUGAAGGCGUCUGUCAAGGAUUCCUCAUAUUUAUCCAAGGCUCGUAAGAUAUGUAAAGAGACAAUUUCGGGUACCGAGUAUCCUGAUUUGGUUAAAUCUUUGGAUACGUUUGUUACGGAUGUUAUUGAGACCAGUGAGCAUUUGAGGAAAUUGGAGGUUGACACAACACUUCCGAAAGAAAAACAAAAAUCCCAAGCGAAAAACAUACUCCACCAAAAACACAGAGCCCUAGCCGACCUGUUCCAAACCCUAUCAAAAAUUGGAGUUUCCUACAAAACAGGAAUCAUAGAUUCAAAAAUUAAAAAACCCACGGAAGAGUACACUAUAAAACCACUAGACUUAUCUGCUAGUUUUUCGUAUCUCGGGUUCAAUAGAAUGGACGGAAAAAUGCUUACUAUUUGGGACUCGUGCGAAUUGUAUUAUUAUAGAUGUUUGAGAAGAUACGAUGUUUUGGAAAGUGCUCUUGUUACACCAGCUCACGACUUGGGCGUGCAAAAUAUUGAUAGAUGUAGAGGAUUUGCUGCACACUUAUUGACUUUCUGUCAAAACCAAAAAAAGACUCUAAUAACUGUGACAAGAUCCUACCACACUUUAAGAAGUUACGCAAAACAAAUACGAGAAUCUUAUGAGCAUUCAGAUUUUAUCCAUUCCAAAACUCUAACAAACAUCAAAAAUGUACUAAAUUCAUUGACAAUUGUUAUUAGUCAAGUACAGUUAAUUUUAAACUCGUGUCCGGAUGAAGAAACUUCAUUUGAUGAACAACUAUUUGAAAUUCCUUUGCUUGAUCCUAAUUUCGGGAAAUUCAAUAGUAAAAAUGAUGAAAACUGGAAAAGAGGUCAAGAAUCUAUAAGCAACAUAAAUACAUGCAUUACUAAAACCCUAAACACCAUUCAGAAAUUUGAGCCAACAAAUUUGUUUUCUGAGAGACCCAGGGUUGAUGUAAAUUUUGUACCUUUUGCUCAGAAAGACCAACUGACUGUGGAGCUACAAAAUAUUCUACAGAACUUGGAUGGUUUGAAAGAAAUAUUUGAACCGAUACCAAUUACAGAAACUUUAGAUUGGGUUUCAGAUAACAUCAGAAGUAUUUUACAAGAAACUCAUGAUAGUGUUGCUCAAGAUGAUUCUUCCAAGGAAUUUCAGUCACUUAUCGACUCAUUCACAAAGUCUUUGCUCAUAAUUUUCCAAAAUCUAUACAAAAAAAACGAAGAAGAUUAUUUGCUUAAAGAAGACCAUGAAACACAAGACGAAGUAGCUCUAAAAGAUAAUCAUUUGAAAACAUUGAUAACCAAAAGCCUAUCAUCAGAUUUCAAUAUGUUGGAUUUGGACAAAGUUUUGGUUACAGUUGAAAAAGUUGUGAAAUUUGUGAUGGGUGAAUCCAAUUACGUUUCAGAAGACAUGAAAACUAGUUUGUCAAAAUGUUUACCAUUGUUUGAUCAAGUUUUGCAAUUGUCACAGUAUUUCAUUACUCAGCAAGUGGCUGCUUACCGUACAACCUGUAAGCUGACUUCGAUAUUAUUGAAUAUCUUCAUAGAUCUGGCAACAAAGGGUUUCUGUAUUCCACCUGAACUAUCCGACGAAAUAGAAAAAGAAGGUCUGCACAAACCCACAGACGGUAUGGGCUUGGGAGAAGGACAAGGAGAACGUGACGCGUCCGACAAGAUCGAAUCUGAAGAUCAACUAGACGAUGCACAACCUGCCGGCCAAGAAAAAGACGACAAAGAAGAUCCCGACUGUAAUGAGGAGGAUAAAGGUAUCGAGAUGAGUGAAGAUUUUGAUUCUAAAUUGCAGGAUAAAAAACCUAGUGGGGAUGAUGAGGAAGAUCAACAAAGUGAUAAUUCUGAUGCCGAAGAACAAAUGGGUGAAACUGACAAAGGGGCAGAUCAGUUGGAUCAGGAAUUAUGGGGAGAUGAUAAGGAUGAAGAAAAUGACGAGAAUCAAGAUGCUGAACAAAAAGAAGAAGACGGUAAAGGUGGCGAAAAAGAUGGUGAAGAACAACUAGAAGCCAGAGACGAAAACGACUCCAAACAAAAAAAUAAAAAUCAAGAUGAAUCGCAAAAUCCUGAAGCCGAUGAAGAUUCGGAGAAAAACAAAAAAGAAAUAAACGACAUGAAAGAACCAGAGUAUGACGAAGAUCAAGUCGAUCCGUAUCAUGGAAAUCAACCGGAAUUACCCGAACCUGACCCGAUGGAUUUACCCGAUGAUCUUCAGCUCGAUGAAGGUGAAGCUAAUGACGAUGAACAACCUGAAGAAAAUCCAUUUGACAUUGACGAAAUGAAAGACCAACAAAUUCCUGAUGAUAAACCAGAGCCCGCUGAAAACCAAAACGAACAGCAUGACGAAGAAAAAGAGUUCAGCAGUGAUGAAGAAGAUGCCACCAAAACUGAUGAAAAUGAUAAAGUUGAAGAUAAUGAAGCUGAACCUGAAGAAGACAAAGAAAAAUCCGAACAAGAAAAGGUUGAGGAACCUAAAAAAUCCCAAGAAGGUGAAGAGGAAAAUGAGGAACUAGUUGAUAAUGAAGAAAAUGCUUUGGACCAAAACCCUUCAGGUCAAGAUAAUAUUGAAGCUAUGGAAGUGGAUGAAGCUGAAGCCACUGAUAACACUCAGGCUACCCAGUCAGACAACCUAAAAUCCGAUCAGCCAAUGGACGAUAUCCUCCAAGAAGACAAACCAGAUAAGGAAGGUAUGGGACAAUCGCAAAUGGAAGAAAGCGAAUCUGGUCAUUCAGUGCAAAGCGCAGCGCCUCAAGAGGCCAGAAGUUCAAAAUCGGAACAAGAAAAAGAAGAAAGGAAAAAAGAGAAACUUGGAGAGUCCAAUUUGAAGCGUAGCGCUGGUGAUGUUAAUCAGUCAGUAGAGAAAAAAUUGAAGACUGUAGAUGCCAAGGAUAAUCAGCCUGAAAAAGAUGGCGAAGAAGAGGAGGAAAAAUCGGAUAUGUAUCAGCAUAUUCAAGAAGCAGAAGAGCGUAAACAUAUGCAGGUUUUCGAUGCGGCAACGAAAGAACAAGCUGAAGAACAAAGUAAAGAAGCGACUCAUAAGGAAGACGAAGAAGAUCAAAAUGAAGAAGCGGAAAGUGCCAAAGAUCUUCCUGAAGAAAAAGAGGAAGAGGAAAUGGAUGUUGAUGUGUCGGAUACUCAAACUGAGAAACCCCGAAAAACUGAUCAUGAUGGAGAGAAACCGAAAAAUAAGAAACAUUCUAAAGAUGACGGCAUUGAGGGAACCCAAGACGUAGAAAUUGAAGGUGACAUAGUAACAACCACAACAGUACCACGUGGAGGAGAAUCAUUCCAUCACACCCAGUACCAUCUUCUUCAAGAAACCAAUCCAGAAAAAUUAGAUCAAGAAGAAAUCAAUCAACUUCGGCAAGAAGUCACUCAAGAACUUUCCACAUGGAAAUCUACCCCAAAUUCCAUCGAAGCGGAACAAACUUGGCAAAAAAUCUCUUCGGUAACGGCCAGCUUGGCUCAAGAUUUAUCUGAGCAGUUACGAUUGGUUUUAGAGCCUACACAAGCGAGCCAUUUGAAAGGAGAUUUCAGAACUGGAAGAAGAAUCAACAUGAGAAAAGUAAUCCCAUAUAUUGCUUCACAAUUUAGAAAAGACAAAAUCUGGCUUAGAAGAACUAAACCAUCUAAAAGAGAAUAUCAAAUUGUAUUGGCUAUUGAUGACUCGUCAAGUAUGGCCGAUAAUCAGUCUAAGGAAUUAGCUUUCGAAAGUGUAGCCUUGAUGUCUAAGGCCUUGUCUUUGCUUGAAAGUGGCCAAUUAGCUGUGGUGAGCUUUGGAGAAACUACAAAACUCCAUCAUAAACUUUCAGAGCCUUUCAAUGACAGAAGCGGGGUGCAACUCUUGCAAAACUUCCAGUUUGACCAACAAAAAACUCACAUAGGCAAGUUGGUGGAAUUUGUUACGGAGAUGUUCAAUCAAAGUAACAUUCACACAUCAUUACCAAACGCCAAAUUAUUAUUGAUAGUCAGUGAUGGCCAGGGAGUGUUUUCUGAAGGCAAAUCUUACGUAACUCAAGCUAUACGAAGGGCAAAAUUGGAGAAUAUUUUUAUUGUUUUUAUAAUAGUUGAUAAUCCCAACAAUAGGGAUUCCAUUUUAGAUAUAAGAUCAACCAUGUUUGAUAAAGAUGGCAAAUUGAAUAUAUCCAACUAUAUGGACGAGUUUCCGUUUUCGUUCUAUUUAAUAUUGAGAGACAUCAAUUCGCUGCCUGGAGUUUUGAGCGAUGCUCUUAUGCAGUGGUUUGAGAUGGUUACUUCACAGCAGUAGGAUUAGGUUCAAUAUUUUUUAAGUGACUAAAUUUUCCAUGUUUUCAGGUAAUUCUUGUUGUACUGCAUGUUAUUUUUAUUUCUAUCUAAUAAAUAUGUUUGUGUAUUAUUA